AAAACAAAAAAUAGAUUCAAAUGUUUGUAAACAAAAUCUGAGAGCUUGAGAUAAUCUUUUGAAGUUUUGUAGAAGGACCUUCUAUUUUAUGAUGGCAUUAAAUAGGCAGUUACAAACAAUCCUGUUUCAAAAAUAUAAGAUUCUUAGUUCUCCAUUGAUUAGAAAUUACAGUAAUCAAUCAAACCUUACUAUUGUUUCUAUAGACAAGGGAGUAAAAAGAAUCACAUUAAAUAAUCCUAAAAAAAGAAAUGCUCUUUCAUCUGCUAUGUUGGACAGCUUGAAAAAAGAUAUAUUUGAUGACUUGCAAAACAUAAAUCUUCGAUGCAUUGUUCUGCAGAGCAGUGGACCUGUUUUCUCUUCUGGACAUGACUUAAAAGAAUUGUCUCAAAGUAAUGAACAGACUAGAACUGAUAUUUUUAAGAAAUGCUCUGAUUUAAUGGUUGGACUUCGAAAAGUUCCAGUCCCUGUUAUUGCUGUUGUAAAUGGUUUGGCAGCUGCGGCAGGUUGCCAGCUUAUAGCAUCAUGUGAUAUUGCUAUAGCUACAACUAAGUCACAGUUUUCUACUCCAGGGGCCUCAGUUGGUCUUUUUUGUUCUACUCCUGGUAUUGCUGUGUCAAGAAAUGUUCCACUCAAAAUUGCAUCUUAUAUGUUAUUUACUGGAAAUAACUUAAGUGCUGAAGAUGCUGUCCGGUAUGGUUUGAUUAGUAGAGUCACUGAAGAAAAAGAACUUGAUAUUGAAGUAGAAAAAGUUAUACAGUCAAUAUUAUCUAAGAGCAGAUCUGUUUUAGCUCUUGGAAAGAAGUUUUUUUAUAACCAGCUUGAUAAGAAUAUUGUAGAUGCUUACAAUCUUGGAAAUGAUGUGAUGGUGACGAAUUUGGCUAAUAAAGAGGCAAAGGAGGGCAUUGAAGCAUUUUUUCAAAAGCGUCUUCCAACUUGGUCUCAUGACUAAUAAGUAAUAUUUUGAAAUUAAUUAAAUAAAUAUUUUGAAUGCAUAGAAACUAAGAAAAUAAUAUUUUGUUACUGGAGUUUUGUUAUUAAUUUGCCAGAAUUAAUGAAUAUAUUUUUUGUAAGUGUCCAGUUGCCAAAUUUAUAGUAUGUUAUGUUAAUA